GCUGAGGUCACUUCCGGGUCAUGAUGAUUCAGACUCAAACGGCCAUGGUAAAUGGUUGUGUUUGUUCGUUUUGAGAAAGCAAAAUACUAAUUUGUACAAGACGGCUUGCUAAGCAAUCAAACUUUUUUUCAAUCCGUGAUUAACCAAAAGUCGCCAGUUCGUUCUUGAAAAGAAAGAGGCUGACAGCUGUAUUAUUACCUGAGCAUCAAAAUGGCAACGACGGUCGUGCCAUCAGCCGAGAUAUCUCAGGGAAGUUUGCCAGUAGGAAGCCCAUUGAAAGGAUACAGGAAUGCUCUCGUUUCGAAUGUUAACUAUAACAGUGCGAAACAGGAGGUCAAAAAACCGGAUGUGAAACAUGUUAGCAAUGCAGUUGCAAAGCCUGUGGGCAAUGCAGUUGCAAAUGACCUGAACUGGAAGGCAAAGUUGAAGCUGCCAGAGAAAGAUAGAAGGAAGAUGACCAGCGAUGUGACGGAUACAAAGGGUAACGAGUUUGAGGAUUACUGCUUAAAGAGGGGCCUCCUGAUAGGAAUCUUCGAGAAAGGUUGGGAGAAGCCCUCACCGAUACAGGAAGCCAGCAUUCCGAUCGCUCUCGCGGGACGAGACAUCCUAGCGAGAGCGAAAAACGGGACUGGCAAAACUGGUGCUUAUGCCAUUCCAAUACUAGAGCACUGUGACCCAAAGAAAGAUUACAUACAAGCCAUGGUUGUUGUUCCAACGAGAGAGCUGGCACUGCAAACUAGUCAGAUCUGCAUUGAGCUGUCGAAGCAUCUAGGGAUAAAAGUCAUGGUGACGACCGGUGGCACAAAUCUGAAGGAUGACAUAAUGAGGUUGUACGAAAAAGUUCAUGCUGUUAUUGCAACGCCUGGUCGUAUAUUGGAUCUGAUGAACAAGGGUGUGGCAAAGAUGCACAAGUGCAACAUUUUGGUUCUCGAUGAGGCGGACAAGCUCUUGUCGCAAGACUUCAAGAACAUGCUUGACCAGAUUAUUGCUCACCUGCCUAGCGACAGGCAGAUUCUCCUGUAUUCAGCCACCUUCCCUCUAUCAGUGGAACACUUCAUGAAAAAAAACUUGAGCGACCCCUAUGAGGUGAACUUAAUGGAUGAGUUGACCCUGAAGGGUGUUACUCAGUAUUAUGCGUUCGUACAGGAGAGACAAAAGGUGCACUGUCUCAACACACUCUUUUCUAAGCUCCAGAUCAACCAGUCGAUCAUCUUCUGCAACUCCUCGCAGCGUGUUGAGCUUCUGGCGAAGAAGAUAACGGAGCUAGGCUACUCCUGCUACUACAUCCACGCUAAGAUGGCGCAGGGCCAUCGUAAUAAGGUGUUCCACGACUUCCGUGCGGGAAUGUGCAGAAACCUCGUCUGCACCGACUUAUUCACUCGAGGUAUAGACAUACAGGCUGUAAACGUUGUGAUCAACUUCGACUUCCCAAAAAUGGCGGAGACCUACCUUCAUCGGAUUGGCCGAUCGGGGAGAUACGGCCAUCUUGGUGUCGCGAUCAAUCUCAUCACGUACGACGACCGCUUCUCACUCCACAAGAUUGAGCAGGAGCUUGGAACUCAGAUUAGUCCGAUUCCGAGGACAAUCGACAAGGCCCUUUACGUGGCGGAGUUCCAUCAGGAGCCGGAUUCCGACGACGAUAACGACGGAGGAAUAUAAGCCAAACGUCCAUGAAACAUGUCGAGAAUGCAGAAUGAAGAAGUAGCGGAGAUUAUAGCGAUUGUUGAAUCUGGAGGCAUUGUAUGUACAGCUGUAUAGAGCGGAGACAGUCUUACCCAGUCUAUCCUAGCACAGGACUAUCUAGGCAACCUUUCAAACGUGAACAGCAAUAUAACGUCGCUUGCCUAUCGAUGUAAAACAUGGAAAAGGCGGUGCUUUAACUGAGCGAAGGGAAGCAAAGUCCGCUGCUACGUUUAGGCAUGUAAACUCCAUAACUCCCUGCACUAAAUCAUUAAAUGAUAUCAGGAGAGGGAUAAGUAAUCGUCAAUGAACACAUUUUGUAAGUAACUCUCGAGUGACGAUUGCGAACGCUGUAACUCUUGGUGCGCGUGAUUUUAUAGCGUGUGUCUGAGGUUUCGGCCAGGCAAGUCAUUACAUGUAGGCCCUGUGACACGAGCGAAUGUCGCUGCACAGACUGUUAGGAGCUCUGCAAGCGUCGAUGUGACGGGGCCAUAAGGGGACCAAUACAGUUUGCCGGUUUUUCUUACACAUGCCAGAGUUGCGAGAAUAAUGCGAAUCCAGUGAAUCGAGGAAGAACGUCAAAGAUGAGAUAAGAUUACGCUGAGCAAGACUGCCUCGGGCUAUUUAUUGUAUCUAUAGUGAUUGUAUAUGAGCUGUCGGUUUAUUUAUUUUCUAUAAAAGAACAAACGAAAGAAGGGUCAUUGCGGGCACCCGGAAAUGUAGUUGAUGUUCUCGGUUGCUGAGGGUCGCUAGAGUUUUCCACCGUCUCGCCUGCAACGACGGACCACCGCAAUGCAGUUCUUGCGCUGCGGCCGUGUGCUUGGCAUUGAUGGUGAUCGUCACACGUCAUCUCCUACUGUCGUCCGACGUGUGUUGCGGUAGGCUAAAGCGCCUCGCUGUACGCCAAACAAAACUGGUGAUUCUAUUUCGAACCGAAGCGUGUGAGCUGUGUGUCCCGGUGCUGCGUGUGUGUGCGCGACACAGUCCAGCAAGCCCGUUUUCUACAGAUAUGGAUACGUAUGACCUUCUUUUGUGAGUGCUGACCCAUCCGUUGUGUGGGUGUUAACUCUCCGAAUCAGGCUCGAUACUGCACGCGGCUCUACCCGUGGCACUGCCUCCUAUUAUGUAGCGAGUAGCAUUUCCGUACUGAUCCACGCGAUCCCUCGUCUGGAAGGCCGGCUACAGUAUUCUACAUUUGCAGUAGCGGAGAGAGAAUAGACAACAUACUUAGCGGGUGUUGUCUAGAUUCCGCUUGCGACGCAGUGAUGGGAAAACCGCAUUGCCAGGGGAAGGCCACGUGCAGCGAGAGAGAGAGAGAGAGAGAGAGAGAGAGAGAGAGAGAGCCUGAUUCGGACAGCAAGAGCCCCACGUAUGUGCUCUCUGUUUAUAAAAAAGGUGUGCUGCGAGGCAAAGAACAAGUGUUUGCGCGAGCAGUGAGCGUGUGUGCGUGCGACGAAGCCUCUGGCAUACGUGCGUGGUGGUGGAACGCACGUGCGUCUGGACGGCUUUCUCGCACCGACGCUCGUCUCCCUGCCACGCAUCUGUAUCUCGUGGCCUUUGGCCAUGCUGUAAAUAUUUUUGAGUCGAUCCGCGGGGGCGGCGGUGAAGCCUCCCGCGCGGUCGCGCGCUAGCCGGCAUUCGCUUCUCUGCAGCGAACGUGUAACCGACCAGCCAUCCACCCACGCGCCGUCUACAUCCCCCGUUAGACUCCGCUCAGUGGGUAAUGUUGUUACUGCGUGUAGCGGGAGCGGGGUGUGAAGCCUUCCAUGCAGAAACCUUGUCAUAUAAGACUCGGGCAGUAGUGAGAACGAUAGUAGUGUGGCAGAGUUUUCGCUUUAUGCGAUUUCAAGUCUAGGGUUCGUCGUCCUGUGCACGCGGUGUUGGAGUUGUUCACUCUGCACUUGGUAUUGCUUGUGCAUGCAAAAAUAAUGAAA